GUAGAAGAAAGCAGAAGCAGCAGCAGAAGGAGAAGAAGGAGAAGGAUGAGGAGAAGGAGAAGAAGCAGAACGAGGGCCUGCCCCAUCGCCCGAGGACACGAGAACACGAAUAAACAACUUCUUCUUCUUCCUUCCAUCUAUUUUCUAUCCAACCAUGGCGUAGAAAACAGCGAGCCAAGUCGAAAGAGUCUCUCCGUAGCCCGUCUGUCAAAAUAUAUCCUACAGACAUUGCCCGUAACCACAGGCCAGCCCCUCGUCAGAACGAGGGAUGUCUUGCUUCCCUGCAUACCUAAAGGGGACUCCUCUUCGCGUUCUCGCCGGGGGAUAGCACAAAUGGCUCGAAGUACCUAGUUAAGCCCCGUCGUGGUUGUGUGUUGCUCGUGUGUGUUGCUCGCGUGUGUUGCUACCGUGACUAUGUCUAUAUAGAGAUUCGUCUCUUCUUCCUCCCUUUCCUUUCCUCUUUCUUCUUCUCUUUUUCUUCUCUUUUUCUUCCUUCUUCAGACCGCAAGAGACAUCCACAAUGUAAGUAUAAUGCAUCCUUUUAGUUCCCUCGUCUAUCCUACUACAUAGCUGUUGACGCAUGAUAGCAUAUCCAACUUAAUAACUACAUUUCGAUAACCAACGAUGUCUACCCAAACACCAACAGAGCCAGCACCACAGGCAGCACCAGCAGCGCUCACACCAGCCGCCGCAAAGGUGGAAGCGGCGGCAGCAGCAUGGAAAGCGGCGGCAGAAGAAUGGAAUGCAGCCGCAAACGAGUGGCUGGCAGUGUCAGAGACCGGAGGAGCAACAGAAGCAGCAAAAGCUGCAAUAGAAACAAUGGAGGCAGCCACGAAAUCGAUAGCUGCGGCCAGAACAGCAGCUGCAGCACUCGCCAAUUGCCCUGCCCCUGCUGCACCAGCGCGCCCGCGCCGCCACCGGCCCCAUCAGGUGGCCAAAAUGAGGGCCAGGAGGGCUGAAAGACGCCGCCUGGAGAGGGAGAUCAAGAAGGAGAAGGAGGAGGAGGAGAAGUAUUAG